AUGUCGCAAUCAGACAACAGCAGCAGCUUCAGCGCCGACGACUUCAUCACCGUCGGCAACCCCUCCGAUCCAGCCGAGCGACCAAACCUCCCCAAUGAGAUGAACACCGCCAGCUCCAGCGCCUUCGACAACGAUGAGAAUCCCGACGCCUUCUCUCCCGAAGAAGAUUCCUCCUACUACGCCCACCUAAUGUCCUACCCCUCCUCGACCGAACCAGAUUACUACGCCCUCCUCGGCCUCUCACGUACCCCGGCCCCCUCCGAAUCGGAAAUCCGGUCCGCUUUCCGUCAACGCACCCUCAUCUUCCACCCGGAUCAUCAGCCCCCGCGGCUCCAGGCCCAGGCGGCGCGGUACUUCGAUGCGUUGCGCGUCGCGUCGGAUACGUUGCUGGAUGAACGGAAACGCGAGGUUUAUGAUCUCUUGGGUGCCGAGGGCGUGAGGCGCGAGUGGGGGGUUCAUGGCGCGAUGGGGAAGAGGGGGGAGGCGAGUAAACAAAAGGAUGGGACGGGUCAAGGGCAGGAGGUCGGGGGCUCGUUGACUCUAGGCGUUGAUGCCUCAUCGAUGAUUACGCUCGAUGAGGAAGAGGAGAUCGCUUACUUCGUCUUGGAAAAGCCGCGUCUGUCGAACUUUAGUCUGAAGUAUUCGUUCAAGACACCGUUUCCGUCGCUGCGCGUCUUGCUCGGAGACGAGCAGAAAGAAGACGACGACGAUGAUGAGAAUGACCUCUCCCCGGAGGACAAGGGAGCCGCGAAGUCAGCCGGCCAUCUGCCCUGGGAGGAGAGUGUGGAUAUGACCAUCCACACGGGCAUUGCGGGUCAGCUCCAGCCCGUUUCCCGCAAGUAUACCCUCACCAUGGAGGACGACUCGGAGGAGGAUCACGAGGUUGCUGAGCCGCCGAUCCUCGCUGCGCGAGACUUGACGCUGGGCGCGAGUGUCACUCGCGUCUUUGGAGACUUCGCCGACGCCAAGGGUAUUCUUGGCUGGCGACCCUUCUCGUUCCUCAGUUACGCGGGCGCCUCGGCGACCGCGAUGCUGUUGCCGGUGCCCUCGGUCGAAACGAGACUGGCCAAGGCUGUGCAGUUUGUGCCCGGCACGAAGCCGUUCCGGGUCAACUUGAGUGCCACGUUGUUGCACUCGGUUUACCGAUGCCCUCCCGUCAUGGGCGUGCAGGUAAUCAGGGAGAUUGGCGAGGGGAAGCACACCUUCUGUAACUGGUCGAGUGGCAUCAUUCCUUGGCCCGAGGUGCUGAAGGUGCUGCUGUCGCCGCUCGGGAAUUUCGACAUGGACGUGCACACGGCGCUCUACCCUGGCAAUCCGGACAGUCGGUUCGAGUUCGGCUUCAUGAGUCUGCCGAACUCGCCGCUGAACGCCGCCUCUCUGGACGAUGACGUGGAUGACACGGACGAGGAGGAAGACGAGGAGUACACGACGGUGCGCAAGAAGCAGACGGCCGAGGACAAGGCCGCCGAGUCGUGGCAGGCCGCCGUCUCGGCCAACCCGCUCACCACCGGCUUGACAUUCAACUACGCGCGUAAUCUGUUCUCCGGGAAACCGGCGACCGAAGUCGCGCGGUCGGAAUGGAGCUCCGAGAACCACUAUGCGGUGCCUGCGGUUGACGAGCCGCGAGGCGUUCGUCUGGAGAUACAGAGCACCGUCGGCGUCGACCUCUCCGUUGGCUGGAAUAUCGAAGGAACGCGCCAGGUCGGCGAGCUGACCCGGAUGGGACUGGGCGUCGGGUUGCAAGGAAAUCGCGGCGUGGCUUUGACGGUCUCGUGGGGUCGACUGGGUCAGCGCAUCCGGGUCCCUAUCACGCUUCUCCCGCUCGAGGCGGCCAACAUCGACCUCGCGGCGAUGAUGGUGCUGGUGCCGUUCGCGUCGUACUGCGCCUGGGAAUUCGGGUUCAUCCGUCCGCGAGACCGCAAGAAUCGUCGGCGGGUGAUCGCGCGGCGGCAGAAACAGCUGAAGAAGUCGAUUCCCAAGAAGAGGGCCGAGAGUGCGCAGGCUAUCGAACUGAUGACCGAGCAGGUGCGUCGGCGACAGGCCAAGGAGGCGGACCAGAACGGUCUGGUUGUCACCAAGGCGGAGUAUGGUCUUGAUCCUUCUUCGAAGAAGGAUCGUAAGGGUAGGGAUCGGUUCAGCGGCUACGAGGCUGUCGACGUCACUAUCCCGGUGGCUGCGUUGGUUGAUCGCGGUCAGCUGGUGAUUCCCAAGGACACGACCAAGUUCCAAAUACUCGGGUUCCAUGAUCCCGCACCGCUUUUGCCCAAGACGUUGAAGGUCUGGUAUACAUAUCAUGGCAAGGAGCAUUACGUGGAGGCAAAGGAUGCCGAGGGCAUUGCCUGUCCGAUGAGGACACAUUUGCUUUGA